AUGGAGGUUUCCCUGCAGCACGUGUUCAUUCUGGUGCUGUCUCUCUGCAAUUUCUUAGUGUGCGCAAAUGCUCAGUGGAAACCAUUAAACCCUUCCACCUACGAGGAGAUGAACCGCAGUGACAACUUCAGAGCCUCACUCAGUUUCUCCGUCUCCUGUGUCUCCAUUGCCAUCUUCUUGUACCUUUUCUUCAAAAUCCGCGCGCGUUUUUUCCCGCGCCCUCCUUACAUCAAGCCCCUCCCGAAAACAACCGCCGAAGCCAUCCAACGGUGCCCCACCUUCGGUUUCUCCGAGAUGAAGGAGCUGAGCGUGGGGAACGCGGCGGAGGAGUGCGCGGUGUGCUUGGUGGAGUUCGAAGACUCCGACACCGUGAAGCUGCUGCCGCUGUGCCAACAUGUUUUCCACCAGCAUUGCAUCGACCAAUGGCUGCCCUCGCGCCUCACGUGCCCCAUUUGUCGCCAGAAGCUGAUAUCCGAUGAUACUGAAGCCAACGUCACCGAUGUCCCGUCGGAACAAGAAAGAGAAGAAGAAGAAGAGGAUGAAGAUGGUGAUGCUGCAGAGUUUACUGAGGUGGCAAUAGCUUCAGCAACGGAACAAGCUGAAGAUGAAACUGAAGCUGAUAACGCUGUGGGAUAG